AUGGAAGAACUGUCAGGUUUUGGAUGUUUUGAGUUCUUCAUUAUCAUACUUCCUAAUUUCUUGAAGAAACUGAGGCUUCCUGAUAAGUUCGUGGCGGUGCACGACGGCCGUGAGCCCCGGAAAGUGAAGCUGCGGGAGGCCGGGUGCCCACAUCGCUUGUGGGAUGUCGAAGUAGUGUUCGGCGCCGACCGUCACAUGUACCUGAGGCGCGGCUGGGAGCAGUUCGCCCGCGCUCAUGAUCUGCGGCUCGGGCACUUCCUCGUCUUAAGCUAUGACGACCGCAAAGCCAUGCUCACGGUGAAGGUGUUCGAUGGAAGCAUGUGUCGCAGGCACUACCAGCAUGGCGAUUUUGCAGAUGAGUCUGUGCAGUUGAAUGAUCUUCAGAUGCCCUCGAAGGAUUAUUUCUUAUCAGGGAAAUGUGAUCUUACAGUAGCACAGAAGGCAAAAAUACAUGAAUUCAUCGCUGAAAUUCGACCUAAAAUUCCAGUGUUUAUUGUACUGAUAAAGAAGAGCAAUAUAGACCGGCGCGGUACUCUGGGGAUAUCUAAGGAUUAUGCUCUCAAAUACUUUCCAAGUGAAGAUACAAAUAUCAUUCUCCAGCUGCCUAGGAAGAACAAGGCUUGGAAAUGCAGAUUGCAUAUCAGGCCAUCCGGCAUGUCUAAUCCAGGUCGGCGCAGCCUUAAUUGGUGCCCCUUUGCCCGUGACAAUGAUGUGAGGGAGGGUGAUAUCUUCCUCUUUCAACCAAUGACAAACGUGAAGCAGAGUAGAUUCCUAGUGACAGUACAUCUACUCCACAAUGCGGCUCUUGAUCAUUCCCCUUGUGGAAGAACCUACAUUGGCUCAAAUCCUGGAAGUACAAGUACCAAGAUGGGCGGUGUGAAGGAGGAACCACCCACCGAUGGUGAAGAGUACUCUUCAGAACAUGAAGAGCAUGAAGUCUCUGAGGAUUCCGAGAGAGCUUCUGAGCCUCUCUUCAUCCUGGCUGACAGAGCUUCUCUAUCACCAGAACAGAACUUGAAAUGUCUGGACAAAGUUGAGGAGAUUAAGUUCAAACCGCCCUUUUAUGUUGCCAUCAUGAGCAAAAGCAGUGUGUGUCAGCGUGGCAGCCGAUGUUCUGCGAAGCUACACUUUGGCUCUCAGUAUGCGGCCACAUAUCUAGUUCAGAAGUUUGCUGCUGGCCUUCAUCGUGAAAAGAAUAGUUCAAUCAGUUUGGUGCUUCAGCGGGAGGGUAAGAGCAGAUCAUGGCCUACCAAGCUGCAAUGUAAGUAUCGCAUGGGAGACACUUGCAAUCAGAUGACCUAUCUCAAUGGAUGGACAUCUUUUGCCCGCGACAACCACCUGCGGGUGGGGGACAUCUGUCUCUUCAAGCUGAUGGAUAAUGAGGAGCAGCUGAGUAUGAUGGUAUACAUCGUCCGCCGCUAG